UCGGCGGGAACGGCGGCGUUUUCCAAGCUAUGGCAGCCGAAGUGAUCGCCCGAGCGGCGGCUGCAGCUGAGGCUCUGGCUUCAGCUGCCGCCGCGUUAGAGGCUCCCGGCGUUCAGGAGGACGUCUCACCUGCUCUGCUGGCAGAGUUCUUGAAGGACUCGAGGAAGAAGGAGAAGCUGCUGUGGGGCCAGCUGCAGGUGGUGGAUGCCCUCCAGAGCUUCCUGGAGCACAUGGACGGGGCUGGGAACCCCGAAGAGGCGAUCCGGGCAGAAGUCAGCGCAGCCCAGCAACUGUGGAAAGACCUGAAGGCCGAGUACCUAAAGCAGACGGAGGCCGUGGAGGCCGCCCUGCUGCGGGCCCUCAUGCAACUGGAGUCUGGCCAGAGGAAGCAGCUUUUAUUGAGAAGCACUCUGCAGCAGAUCCAGACCAAAGGGCAGGCCCUGGAGGAGCGGAGGAGUGUGGCCCAAGCCUGGCGAAGGCAAGAGCAGGUGAGAGCAGGCUGGUCAAGGAAGGGGGGUUGGGGCGCCUGGGAGGGAACUGGGAGCAUGGCCUUGACUCUGUCCUCACAGGAAAAGCGCAGGCGAGAGUUAGUGGCUAGAGCCCAGGCCCAGAGAGAACGCCUGGAGAACAGUGGCCAGCAGCAGGAGCAGGUGCUGAUGCUCCAGGGUCAAGAGACACAGCAUGCCCAGAGGCUUGAUGCCUUCCUAGGACUAAUGGAGAUGCUGCAUGGUGCUGGGGGAAGUGCAGAAAACUGAGAUCAAGCUCUCCGGUCUGAGACCUCCCCCCACCCCCCAGUAAAGGCCACAGCUCUUUGAUCUUCCCCCACUGUGAAUGAAGGCUGCAGAGAUCCCAAAUCUGUCUGACUCUACCUUAAACAAAGAAGGCUGCCAGUAAUCACCAGGGGAUCCCAGUCCUGCCCUAAGGCCCUCCCCCUGGCUCCCAGACAAACUUCUUCCACUUUCUCUGCUGUCCUUUCCUUCUCCAGGAAGUCUACCUUGUUUCCUCUCAGCCCCACAGCCACAGCCCCUGGACCACACUCCAGAAGGGGCAGCUUUGGGAAGCCCACCUUCUGGGCCCUGA